UCAUCCCUCGCGUGGCCAACGGCUCUUCUCUUCUCUUCUUCUCCGGCUCGUCUCCGGCUGAUCCGCCGCUUUCAGCAGCCGAUAUACGGGGGAAAUACCGUCUAACCGGCCGAGCCAAGCACCGUCACACGACGCCGGGGGUCUCCGCGAACCUGCCUUUCCUUGCGGCGGCGGAGCGCUAACUCCUCGGGGCUCAGAGAGAGAGAGAGAGAGCAGGGCUGGAGGUGCAGCGCUGGUCCCGGGCGGGGAUGGAGCUGGAGCCCGCCGGCAGCAGGGGCGAGCUGGGGCCCGCGGGGGGGGACCCGCUGCAGCCACAGACCCCCAGCAGGCACGAGAAGAGCCUGGGGCUGCUCACCACCAAGUUCGUGACUCUGCUGCAGGAGGCGAAGGACGGGGUUCUGGACCUGAAGGCGGCAGCAGACACCUUGGCAGUGCGACAGAAACGACGCAUCUACGACAUCACCAAUGUCCUAGAAGGAAUUGGUUUGAUCGAGAAAAAGUCUAAAAACAGUAUCCAGUGGAAGGGUGUAGGUCCAGGCUGCAACACCAGGGAGAUAGCCGAUAAGCUUAUUGAUCUGAAGGCUGAGCUAGAUGACCUGGCUCUCCGUGAACACGAGCUAGACCAGCAGAGAGUCUGGGUCCAGCAAAGCAUCAAGAACGUCACAGAUGACUCCAACAACAGCCCUAUGGCAUAUAUAAGACACGAAGACCUUUGUGGCGCUUUCAAAGGUGACACACUCCUAGCAAUCCGUGCUCCCAUAGGUACACAGUUAGAGGUGCCAAUACCAGAGGCUGUCCACAAUGGACAGAGGAAAUACCAGAUCCGUCUCAAGAGUACAGCUGGUCCCAUUGAGGUUUUAUUGGUCAACAAAGACCCUUCCAGUGCCUCUCCUGUUGUUUUGCCCGUCCCACCUCCAGACGACGUCCUCCAGAGCCUCCCAGCACCGACACCUACCUCCCAGCUGCCCACUACUGCCUCACAGAUCACCAAAGCACCUUCAGUUGGUGCCACAAAACCAGCUCCUGCAGUCAGCCAGACGGUGUCAGAUGCAACAAGCACCACACCACUCACCCAAAUGACAGAAACACCCGCUGCAGUUACCCAGCAACUGCAGUCCUCUGCUUCUUUGGAUGGAUGUGUGUCCUCUUCUACUUCUGCAGUAUUUGAACCAAUUAAAUCGGAUCCAUCUCAAUUGCUGGACUUCUCCAAAGAGCUAUCUGAAAUGUUUGAUCCAACAAAAGAGAUCAUGAGCGGGGAUUUGUUAGAUGACUUGAUGUCGUCAGAAGUGUUCUCGCCUCUCCUUCGCCUGUCCCCUCCACCCAGCGACCACGACUACAUAUACAAUCUGGAUGAGACAGAAGGCCUUUGUGACCUCUUUGAUGUGCCCAUUCUCAACCUUUGACCCUGAGAUUGAUGAAAUCAGUUGUCCAAAUAUGCUAAACCAGCCUCGUUUUUUCCAAGUUUUCCCCUCUCACUGAUGGUGACGAUACAAAGAGGGACUGGAAAACAAGUGUAUGAUCUGAUGAGCAUUUGAAAGACACGACUACAUUGUCACGGUGAGCUCCAACUUAGCUCAGACAGAAGCUUAAUGUACAGAAAUAGAGACAAAAACAAAACAUUUUACUUAACUGCUUUUCAAAGAAAAAAAAAGAGUCAAUUCUAUUUUUGGAUUCUUGUGUAUAAAAGCAUUAUGUUUGUGUGUCAGCUUUCCUGUGUGCUUGUGAGGAAGUGUGUGUUUACUUGAUAUGAAUGUGGUCGAGUGUUUUUUGAGUGUGCUUUUGUACCAAGUUUUCUCUGAACUUGAGUCGGACAUCUCCAGGGAAUUUAGAAAUAAACUAAUGAAUAGAGAGAAUCCCAUUUUAAUCAGGUCAGGUGUCAUAUGAGAUGGGCAGAGCUUCAUGGAGUCCAAACACAGCUGGUCAAAUAUGCACUGUCCUCAUGUACAUAGAGAAAAUAUAUUUUGUACUCACAGUACAUGAGGCUAUCGUUUCAUUAUUAAUUAAAUGUGUAACACAGAGAGAGUAAUAGUUUUCAAAUCAGGCACCAAACGUAAACAUGCCUUUUUCAGAGACCUAUAAGUGUUGGAGACUCCUUGAUUUUUAACUGCAGUUUUCAGUGUUGAAGAAUUGUGUUCCCUUGUAAGAGAGACAAACUUGAAGCUAAGUUGCUGAAACCAAUAAACCUUAAAGAACCAAGGACCAAAAUGACCGUGAUUGAAAGGGAUUUUUAGAAUUUGAUUAUUUCAUAUGAACCUCCUAUUAAAAAUAAAAGCAAGGUCUCCUGUAAACUCUUUAUUAUAGUUAAUGAGUACUUUUAGAAGACAUUGUAUGCUAAAGUCUGUUCUUUAUUCAAUUUUAAAGAUGUGCAAAAAGAUGUAUUUUUAUUCCCCACUCUUCCUUUGGCCAACCUCCAUCUAAGAAACAAUCCUCUGCCUUGUCAAAGAACAUUUGUAUUGUAGUGUCAUUUUCUUUAGGACCUUUGGACUUUACAGUUUUUUUGUUAUUGGCUUGGAUACAACUUAAGAAGUUAAUGUGAGAGGAAUAGCUUCUGCCCCCUUUACUGGACAAAUGGAUUUCACCUAAUAUAUGUAUAUGAAUACCACCGUGCUGAGUUUGUAAAAUGAAAUGUAAGUUCAUGCUGUGAAUGCAGUCGUUAUAAAAUGUGCUCUUGUUUUGCUUAAUUUUGUAAAUGUGGCACCGAUUCCUAUUAAGUUUUAAGUUUUUACACAUUCUUUCUGUGGUAAAUCGCUUUAAAUUAAAAAUUUCAGCUCUAAUUAUUUUCUCUGUGCAGGGGGGCAAGUGAGUAACAGUUCACAAUGAUUUGUUAUUUAUCGCUCUUCUGAUGCAGCACAUCCACGUUUUAUCUUUCUUUGCCUUUUUCUUGUGGAAAAUCCAUUUGUGAUAUGUCCUGUUUUGUCCUGGAUGAUGUGUAUGUAUGUAAAGUAUGUACUGUGUAUAUCACUCUACUGCUUGUAUAGAAUAGCAUUUAUUUUUUAUACCAGUUAGAUAUAUUAUAACAGGAUUGUUGCUACUAAUCUGGGGCUACAUUUAAGAGUCAAAGGAAUUUAUCGACAAAAUCCUCUUCUUUGUCGGAGCAUCCUGUCUCACUGCACUUUUGCAUCACUGUGGACAAACUGGUUGCCAUUUAUCCUCCUUAAUUUGUCGCCUGUCUUGGUGUUUGGACAGUGUUAUGAGCAGCCAGGGAGCUCAACAGGAAUGGAUUAAACGAAUCCUGUCUGUGUGAGACUCGAGCAUACAGACUGUUUUUAACAGGUGCAAAUUUGAUCAACUGUAGUUGUGUCAAAUUAAAGUAAAUACUUUGGUA